AUGAAUCACAUGAAGGGAAAGAAGGAUUCAAUAAUGAUGCUGUAUCUUCUUGCAAUAUCUGUGCUAAUUCUAUUGCCAAAAGCAGUUUCAUGCGUUGGAUCACAGAAUUUCACUCACUCAGGAUGUUUUUCCUCAACGUUUUCCUUGCGCAGUAAAUACAACUCAGUCAUAAAACCUGUGACUUGGGAGAUUUGUAUGCAGCUCUGCGCACACAAAGUGACAAUUUACGCAGGAGUUCAGGCGAGAAAGAAUACUUGUUUCUGUGGUAAUGACAUAAGGAAGCACUCGACUGUAGAGGACAAUUCCUUCUGCUAUCCUUGUACAGAGGACAACACUCGUUGGUGUGGAGGAAAUGACACCUUGUCACUAUAUCAAAUCCUACCUGAAGAAACCGAACCACUAGUUUUGGUGGUUGCAGCUGAAAAUGGGUUGAAGGUGAUUGUUCAAGAAGGUCCUGGGGAAUCUAAUAACGUUUGGCAGCUUACUAAAAUGAAUACCGGCCUUGUCGAUUAUGAUUACAAAAAACAAGAGAUAUACUUUGUGUCGAAGAACAAUAUCUUAAAGUCCACCUAUAUACCUUCAUCAAUGACAUACAUUCAUGCAAUCACAGUAGUUGAAACAGAAUGUGAUAAUGUCUCUGAUCUAACAUUUAAUUGGAUGGGAAACACACUCAGAUGGUCUUGUGAAAGUGAAUUAAAUGUUCAGGAAUGUAACCUUGAUGGGUCUGAUAAGCAAAAAAGACUCUAUAAUGCUGAUGAUAUUACUCACUAUUAUUUUGAACCGUUAUUAAGGUUUCAAAUUUUUUUUGAAGAUGGAGGUAAACUUUCAAAAUGCGGGAAAGUAUGUACGUGGGAUGUGUUGUCUAAAUACCACUUUGGAACUGUUGUGGAACUGAGUGUGGAUGUUCAACAGGAAACUAUAUAUGUGAUUGGUUCAUUCACCAAAAAUGACGUAAACAAUUUCUUAGUUAGUUGUAAUUACGACUUCUCGACCUUCAAAGUUCUAUACAGUGGACCAGAACUUGCCAAGCCACGCGGAUUAAGCACUGUCAAUGGGUUGAUUGUAUGGAGCAACCAAGAAAAUGAAAAUUAUACAAUUUACAGAGGACACGUGUCACCCAAAGCUGGAAUAGACAAAUUGGUUGCAAUCUUUACUGAUACUCAGAAAAUCAAUGAUUUGAAAAUAUUUUCACAAGAAGCUCACAGUGCAGGAACAGAAUACUCUUGUCGGCAGCUGAACUGUUCUCACAGCUGCAGAGUUGUAACCAGUCUACUGGUAGAAUGUAGUUGUCCGUCAAACAUGACUCUAGCUGGGGAUGGAACAACUUGUACAGGUAGCUGCAGAGUUGUAACCAGUCUACUGGUAGAAUGUAGUUGUCCGUCAAACAUGACUCUAGCUGGGGAUGGAACAACUUGUACAGGUAGAUGA